CAACCAUCGAUUAACCUACUACUAUAUAAACACCUACAACAUGCCUAAGCUUUCUCACAUUUACUCACAACUACAUUCGCAAUCAAAAAAAAAAUGUCUACCGCAAUGAAAGUGACCCCUUUGAAAGAUGUGAAACCUUACAAGAGUGGCUGGAAAGUGCAUGUGAAGGUUCUGCACUCUUGGAAGCAGUACAACCCAGUGCACGGGGACACCCUCGAGAUGGUGCUAUCCGAUGAAGCUGGAUGUAAAAUACAUGCCUCUUGCAAGAGAACUUACAUGGAGAGUAAAGGCCGCCUGCUUCCUGUUGGAGCAUGGAGGCACAUCCAGAAUUUCACCCUCAGUCCUUCAACUGGCAUGUACCGAGCAACCGAUCAUCCCUUCAAAAUGAGCAUCAUUCAGAAUACGGCAAUCACAAGGUCUCCUCUUAACAACGAAGACAUGUUUCUGAGCUUGGUGGACUUCCAGACUGUUUUGGGUGGAUCACUCAAAACAUGUUUACUCAUUGAUGUGAUUGGUCAAGUUGUGGACUUGGGAGAUCUUGAAACUAUUCAAGUCUCAGGCAAACCAAGGAUGAAAGUGGAGUUUACCCUUCGCGACAUGAAUGAUGCUCGUGUUCCCUGCUGUCUGUGGGGUAAAUUUGCGGAGAUCCUCUACGAGGGGUGUAGUAAAGACGAAGACGGGAAGCCUAUUUGUCUAAUAAGGUUUGCAAAGAUCGGGAGAUUUAGAGGUGAACUCCAAAUCACCAAUGCUUUUGAGGCAUCACUGCUCUUGAUUAAUCCUGACAUAGCAGAAACUGAGGCUUUCAAACAAAUGUUUGUUGAUGAGGUUAAACCCCUCGCCAUUUGUGAGGGUCGUGAUGAAAUACUUGAUUUGGAAGAGGUGAAAAGUAUCCAAGACAAGCGUGACAAAUGGAUGCUCUUUCCUAAGAGAACCAUCCAUGGACUUCUUGAAUCCACUCAGGUGGAGAAGUGCUUGGUCGAGUGCAAAGUCUAUGCUAUUGACUCGGAUUGGGGCUGGUAUUACUUUGGUUGCUGCACAUGCAACAAAAAGGUAGUGAAAGUGGGAACUUUAGUUAAGACAAUUCAUGGAAAGGAGGUCACUACACAUCUCUGGUGGUGUGAGGUGUGCAAAGAGAAUGUUUCAAGUGUGUCACCAAGGUUCAAGCUCCAUUUGAUUGUGGUGGAUGACACAGGAGAAACAAAACUGAUGUUACUUGACCAAAUUGCCAAGGGAAUGAUCGUCGAAUCGGCUGCAACUCUCUUGAAUGGAUCAUUUGAUGAGCUUGAGGAUCCUACAGAUUUGCCUGACGCCAUCGUUGCUAUUGUUGGAAAGACUUUCACAUUUGGAAUUUCUGUGGAAAAGGAACAUGUUCUGUAUGGAUCUGAAAUCUACAAGGUUGGUAAAAUCUACCGUGAAAGCCAAAUUGUUUUCAAUGAGUCAGCCAAUGUUGAGAGUUCUGAGUCUGAUCAAGAUCUAGCUCUUACAAGUGGAGAAGAGAACUCUGUCAAUCUCCUUGACAAUGAAGAGCACAUUGAUUUGUCCACACCAUCCACCACACCAUCCACGAAGAGAAAGGGAGCAUGGUCAGACCCACCACGCGAUAUCACUUCGACUUCAAAGAACCUUCGCUCAAAAACUAUCAAGGUGGAGAAGAUGAGUGAUUUGGAGGCUGAAGCAGGCAAGAAGACCUAAAUCUGCGAGCAUGAAGUUUCUUUUUUUUUUUUUGGUUUUAUUUGUUUUCUUAGUUCUGAAGCACGUUCAUGUUUUGGUUUUUUUUUUAUAAUUGUUUGGUUUUCGUUUUUUAUUUUUGGUUAUGUUUUUGGUUAAACUUAUUAUAAUAAAGUAUGCUUCAGAAAAUUUCUUUCCCUUUUUUCCUUUAAUUUUUAAAUUGCUAUAUUUAUUAAAAAGCUUUGCUUGGUGUGUAAUCUACUAUUUACUCUAAAAUUGCAUAACUAUAGACUAAAAUUUGUUAACUCUUUUGAUUGUUCACAUUCAUAAAUCUAUGUAUAUCAACUGUGUUCCCUAACUACCAAUCAGUUUCAUACCUUUACGUAAUUAGAUAUGGUUUUAAGAAUG